AGAUUUUGCGGAGAUAUGAACACAAUAAAUUUAAGUCCUACAACAACGAUUUUAGUUGGAGCAAGCGCUGCCGUUGCAAUCGUUGUUACGUAUGUCUCUGUUGAAAUUAUUUCGUUGUACAACUCUGGUUCCAAGAAACGGUCCAUUAUGAAACAUAUUCCGGACAACAAACAGGGAAUUUUUGGUGAAGUUUUCAAAUUUCCAGGUCUUAACGAAGCUGGUUUGUUAUAUAUAAUGGAAAAAAUGAAAAUCUUUCCAUUUUGGAGAUCAGUCUGGAUGACAAAAUUUUUUCCAAUCAUAGCUGUGUAUCAUCCCGAAACUGCAAAGAUUAUUCUGAAAACGAGUCAUCCUAAACCUCUUAAGCCUGGUACACCUUAUUACUUUGGAAUAAAAUGGUUGGGUCUUGGCCUUUUAUUUGCUGAUGGAAAAAGAUGGAUUAGAUCGAGAAGACUUUUAACCCCAGCAUUUCAUUUUGAAAUAUUAAAACCUUACAUGAAAGUUAAUAAUCAGGCGACUGAUUUAUUAUUGGAGAAAAUGGAGAACUGUUCCAAUUCUGGUGAAAGUUUCGAAUUUACAUCCAAUAUUAGUCAAUGUACCCUAGACAUUAUGCUUCGUUGCGCUAUGUCUUAUGAAAAUACCAUACAAAAGGAAGGGAAAACAAAUCCUUACGUUAUGGCUGUCAACGAAUUAUGCCAAAUAUGGACUGAUAGAUCCAUGAGUCCGUGGUUUUUUCCUGAUAGUAUUUUCUAUUGGACUUCGGCUGGUAGGAAAUUUAAUAAACUUUGCGACUACGUUCACGGCAUUACUGAUGGAAUAAUACAAAAACGGAAGAAAGUCUUGGAGACUGAAGGAGAAAAAGCUCUGAAAGGUAGAGGAAGAUAUCAAGACUUUUUAGAUAUCCUUCUCAUGGCACGUGAUGAACAAGGAAAAGGAAUGACUGAUUAUGAUAUUCGAUGUGAAGUUGACACGUUCCUAUUCGAAGGACACGAUACUACUUCAAGUGCUCUAACAUGGAUUAUAUAUUCAUUAGCUGUGCAUAAAAAAUUUCAAGAACGUUGCAGAAUGGAGGUUGACGAAUUACUUGAAGAUAGAGAUAGUGAUGAAAUAUUAUGGGAAGAUAUGGAUAAACUUGAAUAUACAACUAGAUGUAUAAAAGAAGCUCUUCGACUUCACUCCCCGGUACCGUCUAUUCUUCGAGAGUUAAACUCACCUUUAACAAUCAAAGGAGUUACUCUGCCGAAAAGUUGUGUCAUAGAAAUAGCACUUUGGAGUUUACAUAACAAUCCUCACGUUUGGGAAACACCAGAAAUUUACGAUCCAGAAAGGUUUUUACCUGAGAAUAACAAACAUCGAGAUCCUUACGCAUUUUGCCCAUUUUCGGCUGGACCAAGAAAUUGUAUUGGUCAGAACUUCGCUAUGGACGAAUUGAGAGUAAUUACUGCUCGUAUCUUAAGAAGAUUUGAAUUCACAUUGGACGAGACUGUUCCAGUAAAAAGGAAAAUGAGUGUUGUUAUGAGAACAGAGAAUGGAAUGUACUUACACUUACAAAAGCGAAACAUUUAA